AAGAGAACAAACAAAAAAACCCCGUGAUGCCGUUGCUGGCUCGGAACUUCUUGUGGUUGUACGAUUUUUCUCCUAGAUUUAAGUAAGUCUUCCCCAACACCGAAUGGGAUUCCAUCUUCAGACACAGCCAACGAUGCCAUGGACCCCUUCCAUGCUUGCAGUAUUCUUAAGCAACUCAAAAUAAUGUACGAUGAAGGACAGUUGACAGACAUUGUAGUGGAAGUGGAUCACGGGAAAACAUUUUCAUGUCAUAGAAACGUUCUUGCUGCAAUCAGCCCUUACUUCAGAUCGAUGUUCACUAGCGGCCUUACAGAAAGUACUCAAAAAGAAGUUCGAAUAGUCGGUGUGGAAGCUGAAUCGAUGGAUUUAGUGUUGAAGUAUGCCUAUACCUCCAGAGUUAUUCUGACAGAGGCCAAUGUUCAAGCCUUGUUCACUGCAGCUAGCAUCUUCCAGAUUCCUUCCAUCCAAGACCAAUGUGCUAAGUAUAUGAUCAGUCAUUUGGACCCACAAAAUUCUAUUGGGGUCUUUAUCUUUGCCGAUCAUUAUGGUCAUCAGGAACUUGGAGAUAGAUCAAAAGAAUACAUUCGUAAAAAGUUUCUGUGUGUCACCGAAGAACAAGAGUUUCUCCAGUUGACGAAAGACCAACUGAUAAGUAUACUGGACAGUGAUGAUUUAAAUGUAGAUCGAGAAGAGCAUGUUUAUGAAAGCAUUAUAAGGUGGUUUGAACAUGAACAGAAUGAGAGAGAAGUACACCUUCCAGAAAUUUUUGCCAAAUGCAUACGUUUUCCUCUGAUGGAAGAUACCUUUAUAGAGAAAAUUCCACCUCAGUUUGCAGAGGCGAUAGCCAAAAGCUGUGUAGAAAAGGGACCAUCCAACACCAAUGGCUGUGCACAGAGGCUUGGAAUGACUGCUUCUGAAAUGAUCAUAUGUUUUGAUGCUGCCCACAAACACUCAGGAAAGAAGCAAACAGUGCCUUGUCUAGAUAUAGUCACAGGAAGAGUGUUUAAACUAUGCAAACCACCAAAUGACCUGAGAGAAGUUGGGAUUCUUGUGUCACCAGAUAAUGACAUUUACAUUGCAGGAGGGUACAGGCCAAGCAGUAGUGAGGUCUCCAUCGACCAUAAGGCAGAAAAUGAUUUCUGGAUGUAUGACCAUUCCACCAAUAGAUGGCUAUCCAAACCGUCCUUGCUUCGAGCCAGAAUAGGCUGCAAACUAGUGUAUUGCUGUGGUAGAAUGUAUGCGAUUGGAGGUCGUGUUUAUGAAGGUGAUGGGAGAAACUCACUGAAAUCUGUGGAGUGCUAUGACAGCAGAGAGAAUUGUUGGACGACUGUCUGUGCAAUGCCGGUUGCAAUGGAAUUUCAUAAUGCUGUGGAGUACAGAGAGAAGAUCUAUGUUCUACAGGGAGAAUUUUUCCUCUUCUAUGAGCCUCAAAAAGACUACUGGGGUUUUUUAACCCCUAUGACUGUGCCUAGAAUCCAGGGCUUAGCAGCUGUAUACAAGGACUCUAUUUACUACAUAGCUGGAACCUGUGGAAAUCAUCAGCGUAUGUUUACUGUAGAAGCCUAUGAUAUUGAGCUAAAUAAAUGGACUCGUAAGAAGGACUUUCCAUGUGAUCAGUCCAUAAAUCCAUACCUAAAGCUGGUACUUUUCCAGAAUAAACUCCAUUUAUUUGUUCGAGCCACUCAAGUGACCGUUGAAGAACAUGUCUUCAGAACCAGCAGAAAAAAUUCCCUUUACCAAUAUGAUGACAUUGCUGACCAAUGGAUGAAAGUGUAUGAGACCCCAGAUCGGCUCUGGGACCUUGGCCGGCAUUUUGAAUGUGCUGUUGCUAAACUCUAUCCUCAGUGUCUUCAGAAAGUGCUCUAAUGAGUUGAGCAGCCUUAGUGCGUCACUGGCAUCUCAGACUUAGGAAACUCGUCUUAGGAUACAAAGGAGUGCUGUCAGUAUUUAAGAAAGCUGAGUUUUGUACAUGGAAAAAUGGGUGCUCUUAAAGAUUACAGUGUAGGGAGGGAUUUGCUUUCAUCCUUGUGAUGUUUUCAUUUCAGUAAGGAAACAGUGCAAUUAUCAGCAUUUUUUUUUCCUGGCAUAAAAGUAAUCAUAUUAUUCUAGAAUUUUGUGAUUGUCACUGAGAUACCAGAUGAAUCAAGGUAACUAUGCACUCUUAUAGGAGCAAUUAGGGCAUUGUUGAGUAGAGACAUCCAAACUAGUUUGAUGUGAGUUUUUGUUUUAAAUACGGGUAACAAUCUGAGGCAAUAUCACUAGGACUUUAUUUUAGCUGUGACCUCUCUAACACAGAGAAGCACUAACUUAGAUCCUCAUUCUUAAUAUUUAUAUAUGAGUAUAUAUAUAUAUAUAUAUAUAUUUGUGUACUGUUUUUGAGUGUACUGAGAUUUAAAUGUGUUCUGUUAUUACAGUAGAUUGAAGGAAAAAUAAGUCAGUCUCAGAGCUUUUAGUCUGAUUGUUCCAUAUUUCUCACGCAACUGUAAGUUAAGUUAAAGUUUUGAAGUGGCAGUUUUGUGUCAGUAACUUUCUCAAGGCUAGCACUGUCUUAUUUCUUAAAAUCCCAAAAAGUGCUCAAAUUCACAGGUGGCUGGUGCUAGUAUAAGUUAAUUUCACGUGUGUAGCUAGAUAGAUUUAAAUGGUCUGAGCCUAUGCUUAUCUUUCAAACUAGUAUGUUAGUUUUAUGGCCACAGGACUUUACUUGUUGAACUCUUGUGAUUUCACAAGAUUCUCUACCUAUGUGAUAGUAGGAUAUGGCCAGUUAUUGGUCUAACUGGACUCAGUCUUAGAAUAGUAAGAACAUUAUACCCAGUUUGCACUAGCCUGGGCUAUUUUGUUGCCCGACCUCCUUUUCCAUCCUCUCCUAUCCAGCCAUCAUCCCAUCAUCGGUACAAUGAAAGGUAACUUAUUUCUCUUCUGCGCAGAGCAUAAUGUGAAGUUUUACACCUAGUUUUAAAAUUCUGUUUUGCAGAAACAUAAAACUCCUUCAGUGGUCUAACUUAAUAGCUUUUAAGUUUUAUAUUACAAUUAAAACCUCAUUUUUUUUUUCAUUUUUGCACUUAACAGUGAUGAAUACUUUUACAUUAAAAUCCUUGCUCUAGCUUAAGGUGAUUAAAAAGCAAAGUGAGUGAAUAGAAACAUAGCUUUAUAGGUACUAAAUUGUUUUUCACAUUUAACUGAUGAAUUUCUAACAGUCAGUUAGGAAUAUUAACAUGAAGGACAAACCAACUCAUUUGUAUAUCUAAAGCAGGUAUUUGGAUCAGUAACUUAUUUUUUACCAUGUCUAGAAUAGUUGAUAAAGGAUAUAAGUAUAGCCUACAGUCUGUCCUCAAUCGAACAUUUUAUUCUCAUAAAGAAAGCAAACUGGCAUGUUUGUAUUUUAAAAAAAAAAAUCUUGCACAAAUUGUAAUGUGAUACUGUGAAACAAAUUUAUAACAUUGCCUCUUUGCAUCACAUACCUCGUUUUUCAGAAACUUUCCAAACUGCUUUACAUCGACCUCUACAAGCAGGGAACGUUUUCUGAAACAGCUGUUCAAGUGGACAGCAUAUAUAGAAUUAACAUUUUAAAAUCUAGUCUUAGAAAGCUAGAUAUGUGAUUUCUUCUUUUCUGGACUUGUGAGUGUGUCUUAUCUAUAAUCUCUGUAUAAACUUUGCCAAACAAUGUUUUUACCUCCCUAGUUUUUAUCUUCUGUUUUCUUUAUCUUCAGGCUGUUUGUGGGUUAUUUCUGUGAGUUUUUUGAAUGAUUCUUUAUAGUUUUGCAUUGUUGAGGGAAGGAAACAAAAAUAGCCAAUUUUUGCAAGAGGUGUUCAUAUAAUUUAUUUUUGAAAGCUUUGUUGACUAUCUAAGAUUUUCUGCCGCUUUUUGACAAUCUUCUGAAUUUAGAAAAAUGUAUUACUUGAAAAUAUGACAUAGAUCAUUGAGUUAGCAAUUUAUAUGUGCCGUAUGACAUAUAAGAGAACAACAUACUGGGUUAAUUCUACAGUAGAUUUAUUCUCUUGAUCUGCACAACAGUUGAUCCUUUUGCUAUAACAAAUUUAUAUUGAGGGUAUGGUCUAAGUACAGUGUGUCAAAGUCAAGGUUUUGGAUUUGCUAUGGGAGUGGAAUAUAUAUUGAAUUUUGUAUGAAGAACUAUUUGUUUAAAUAACAUAGCUACGAUAUUUUGCUACUUUUAAAAUGGAUUCAGAAGAGGUCCUAAAAAACUAAGAUUAGUGAUGUGUGUGGAUUUAUGUUUAGAUAUUUAGGGUACAUUUUCAUAGUAUGAUGAGGAUAUAAGUGAAAGGCACAAUGGGUACUACAGAAUGAAAGUAUAGCUCUAACAUAUGCCAGUCCCACUAUAACUUUGUUUUGCAUUUGAAGAAUGUAUGUGGCACUUUCCUAUAUAUUUUUUACACAUUGAAAACUGGACUUGACCUAACUGUGUUAUGGGAAAGUAGAAAUUAUAUUCUUUAUUUUCCAUCUUUGUUUUCUGUUAUCAUAUAAAGCUGAUGCUUAAGCAUCAAGCUGAUUUCACUGGUGCAUGAGAAGAAGUGGAUGUGAUUGGCAAGGAAUCAGAUUCCCUAUGUAAAGCAGUUUAAAAUGACGUUCAAUGUUCAGUGCUCAGGUAUGUAGUAAGUACUGUAGUCCUAUGGGGGCAAAUGUGUAGAUAUUUUUAAACAUUUUGCCAUAAUUGCACAAUUUUUUGCAUUUUUACCUGUCAUUGUUUCUUAUAAUAAAAACUUUUCUGAUUGAAAA